AUGCUAAAGAAAUUUCGACGGAGCAGCAGAAUCAAACCUCAGCCUCAGCAAGAUAACACAGGCCAUGUACUCACGACGGAUGCACAGAGUACACCAAGGACAGGCUUCUUCAGUCUUCCGGCCGAGCUGCGAAACGACAUCUAUGAACUGGCAGCACGCGAGACCGACUUGUGUCUGUUGGAGCAUCGAAAAGGUCUUGUGGGCAACAAAAAGCCCUCCUCGUCUUCCCUCUCGAUCCCAGGCUUGUUGUUGUCCUCAAGACAAGUCCGAACUGAAUACCUCCCCAUCUUGAUACGCGGUGCAAAGAUCAAUGUCAAAGUCCUGGACUUCGACUUCUCUCAGCUGCUGAGAGCUAUCAAAGGCUUGGAAAACGCGGCACGAGAGGCUAUUCAAUCAAACAAGAAUCUCACGAUUACUCUACGGAUGAAGAAAUGUGGAGCAAACGUCGCUUCCGGAUUGAGAGCGUGGUGCGUGGGCUGUAAUCCAUCAGCUCGUAUUCCUUGGGAUUAUCAACUCGACAAGAGCAAUAUGGAGGACAUUCGAGAAGGGCAAGCAGGGGCUGUGAAAUGGUACGUGGUGCGAGCCAGUGUGCUCUUUGAACAGGAGAGGGACAACGACGUUCGAAGGGAGCUCACGAAGAUCUUGGAAGCGUUGCAUCUUGCGUUGGAGGAGGAGAUGAGCAUUGGUCCUAGGAGCGACUCUGUUCUGAUGACGUCGAGCUGGAGGCCUGGAAUGUAUUUAUAA